UGGCCACUUCAGCUACUCCCAGACAGCUAGCAGAAGCUGUGAUCAAAACUAGCACAGCCUCUCCCUGAUUCCAGGCAAACUACAAUAUUUACAAUUGCUUCAGAGCACACGUUAUUCUGUGCAUUGCUCAUUCUCUCUUGUUUUUAUUGUGCCGUUUAUCGAAAAAAUCUGACUUUUUCCCAAUAGGCUGGGCACUGUCCACUGGUGUGUCUGGAUUUGUUUUUGUACAUCUCUGUUGCAUGUUUUAAACAUUGGACCUGUUACUGUUUGCACGACGUAAAAGACACUGGACUUCUCCGCGUGACUGAUUCUUUCCUUUUAAUAGCAAGAGUUUGAAUUUGUUGGAAGUAGCUGGAAUGGCUACUUUCCCUGGUACAGUUCCUCGAAUGAUGCGCCCGGCUCCAGGCCAGAACUACCCAAGAACUGGAUUCCCAUUAGAAGUGUCUACGCCUCUGGGUCAAGGUCGAGUGAAUCAGCUUGGUGGAGUUUUCAUAAACGGAAGGCCGCUUCCUAAUCAUAUUCGACACAAAAUAGUGGAAAUGGCCCAUCACGGCAUCCGACCGUGUGUGAUAUCACGACAGCUUCGAGUUUCACACGGCUGUGUGUCCAAAAUCCUUUGUCGGUAUCAGGAGACCGGAUCCAUUCGUCCUGGAGCUAUAGGUGGUAGUAAACCCAGGCAAGUGGCAACACCCGACGUUGAAAAAAGGAUCGAAGAGUACAAACGUGAAAAUCCAGGGAUGUUCAGUUGGGAAAUCCGAGAUAAGUUGCUGAAAGACGGUGUGUGUGAUAGAGGCACGGUUCCUUCAGGUGAGGCCUCCUCCGUUAGCUCCAUUAGUCGGGUUUUGAGAGCUCGUUUUGGCAAGAAAGAUGACGAUGACGACUGUGAUAAAAAAGAUGAAGAUGGAGAGAAGAAAACCAAGCACAGCAUCGAUGGGAUUCUCGGGGAUAAAGGUAACCGCACAGACGACGGCUCGGAUGUGGAGUCUGAGCCCGACCUGCCCCUGAAGAGGAAGCAGAGACGCAGUCGUACCACCUUCACGGCCGAGCAACUGGAGGAGCUGGAGAAAGCAUUUGAGAGGACGCACUACCCCGACAUCUACACCAGAGAAGAGCUCGCACAGAGGACCAAACUCACUGAGGCUCGCGUACAGGUCUGGUUUAGCAACCGAAGGGCCAGGUGGCGUAAACAAGCAGGAGCCAAUCAGCUAGCAGCAUUCAACCACUUGUUGCCCGGAGGGUUCCCGCCCACUGGAAUGGCAACUUUAUCCAGCUAUCAGCUUCCAGACUCGACAUACCCCAGCACCACUCUCUCACAAGUCUUUUCCUGUGCUUCAGAUGGCAGCAGUACAUUACAUCGGCCACAGCCUCUUCCACCAUCCUCCAUGCACCAGGGCGGGCUCACGGCUGACAGCAGCUCCGCCUAUGGCCUGUCGUCGAAUCGCCACACCUUCUCCAGCUAUUCAGAAACUUUCAUGAGCCCGUCGGCUUCAGGCAACCACAUGAACCCUGUGAGCAACGGCCUUUCUCCACAGGUGAUGAGUAUUUUGAGUAACCCCGGUGCGGUUCCAUCUCAGCCUCAGCACGAUUUCUCCAUCUCUCCUCUUCAUGGCAGUCUGGAUGCAUCCAACACCAUCUCAGCGAGCUGCAGCCAGCGCUCAGACACCAUCAAGGGGGUAGACAGUCUGGCAUCCACCCAGUCCUACUGUCCACCCACAUACAGCGCCACCAGCUACAGCGUGGACCCCGUCACUGCUGGAUACCAGUACAGCCAGUAUGGCCAGACCGCUGUGGACUAUCUGGCCAAGAACGUCAGUCUGUCGACCCAGAGGAGGAUGAAGUUGGGUGAUCAUUCUGCAGUGCUGGGACUUCUGCAGGUGGAGACGGGACAGGCAUACUGAGUCCAUCUGACCACAAAACCUCAGUCUCAGAUGCACACAUCUCCUCAAACCUGCCGGAGAUCUUUACUGCGUGACUGUCUGUGUACCAGAGAGGUUUCUCUAAACAAUUUCUGAGAACGAAACUCCUCAUUCCACUUGACGUGACCGUCUGUCAUGUAAUUCUGAGCUGGUUUAAAGAAAACCAUGCAGCGGUUACAAACACGUCUAGAGAUGCUGACGACGUACAACAGGACCGCUUUCCGUUUCACCUCGCUGUGCAUAUAGUUGUGUAUGAAUCAAGUGUCAUUAAAACUCGCGCUUGUUUUCUAUUGAUAUUGAUAUUACGAUUUCCCUUAUGGUUGGUAUUAUGAUUAUUGUAAUAAUUGUUUUUGUUUGGUUGUUUCUGAAUUCACACAUUGUUCACAUUUGAUUUUUGAGUAUUCCAGCAGUGAGCUGUGACAGGGAUGUGUGCGAGUUCAACUGCUGCUUUUUCACUUUCCAGGCCCUGAAGCCGUAAUGUUUCCGAGCGAUUUGACCUUCCAUGCCUUCAAAUUUCUCUUGACAUUCCAGACGAACUUGGCCACUCUGUGGGAAGUCUGGCUUCGGGCUUUCUUCUGGGAAUAAGCUGUGCUUUUACAGGACCAAUGACUUUCCCUUCUCAAAUGCCCGCUCUGUCCUUAGUAAUAAUCUUGAGGGAUGAAAACGGCAUUUUUUGGAAAAACUUUUUUUUCAAAGGAGGCGCCCAAGAGAUACAGUCUUACUGUGAGCGUUUAAUACACAUAAGUUAAAAACAACAAAUUUGAACAUUUGCUUAUUAAAAUAUCUCGAUAUUUCAACUGCACAAGUGUUUUAAACCCUGUACACAUUUUGACAACAUUCCUUAAAGUCAAACAUUUCCUGCUCUUUCGUUUCUGCCGUUUGCAGAAUUCUAACGUUCUAUUCUCUGAUAAAGAAACAGACAUCAGGGCUCAUGUAAUUUACGGUCUCACGCGUUCACAAAUAUGUACAAAAAAGUAGUGAAUUUUUGACAUUUGUGUAGCACCCACAAGACAUUUUGACAUAAAUGGAAUUGUACAGUAGAUGAAGAAUACCGUUUAUUGUUUUGUUUAUAAAGAAUAUGUUUUAUACUAAAACAAAAAGGUGUCGUGUGAUAGAUGAAGCAGGGCAUAUGUGUCAGUCUUAUAUUGUAAUUUUGUGUUAAUAUUUACAUUUCCUUGCUUUUUAAUAGUUAUUAUGUAUCAUUUUUCUUAGAAUUGAAAGUGUAUGUGAGAGGCUCUUGAUAAAAUGUCACACUUAAGAUUGUACGGAAGGCGAUUCUUAUUGUUGAUGAUUCUGGCUGGUGCUUCAGGAACCGCACUUAUGAAGAAACUGAACACUGAUGCUUAAUAUUGAACGUUUGGAAGCAAUUGAUGGAUCAUUCUAACAGACUAUGGGAACACACUGCAACGCUUGGUGCUAACUGACUGCGGCCGACCCAAACGCGUCUUCAAGCAAAAGUUUUAUUUGAUGUCUUUUUGACGAAUUGAACUCUUUAAGGAAACAUGUGACGUGUCCUUUUUGCUUUCAACUGUCUAUAUCUGAUAAAACCAUCAUAAACACGCAAUGAAAUUUUAGAACCUUCCACAGCUAACAAUUUUGUUGGUGAACAUUUGGAAUACAUAAUAUAUUUUCCAUCAUUCCUCCCUGCGAUGUCAAACUGGACGCCUGCUUUCUUCAGCAUUUGUGUUUCGGCUUUUCUCCAUUUCUUUUCAGCAUGUGUGUACUUUACCAUGGUAUAAUUUAUUCUGCUGUAUGAAGUAGUAGCUUUAGUGAGAACCUUGUAUUUGGUAUUUACUACCUUCAGCCUGUGGGUGUCUUUACUGUAACACUGGCAUAAAUGUUAUCAAUUAAAGAUCUUAAAUUCA